ACCUGAUGAACCAAGGGAUCCUGGCCCUUGUCAGCUCCAUUGGCUGCACAUCAGCAGGAUCCCUGCAGUCUCUGGCAGAUGCCAUGCACAUCCCGCACCUCUUCAUCCAGCGCUCAACAGCAGGAACGCCAAGGAGUGGCUGCGGGCUCACCAGGAGCAACCGCAAUGAUGACUACACGCUCUCCGUCCGCCCCCCUGUCUACCUGAAUGAUGUCAUCUUGAGGGUGGUCACAGAAUAUGCUUGGCAGAAAUUCAUUAUUUUUUAUGAUAACGACUAUGGCAGUUUACGGUUCACUGUAUUUUCCAGUAAUACGUAGAUACUUUUCUGUAGUAGUAAAUUCUUUAUGAAGGAACCAGUCAAUCAUUGCAAGAACAUAAUUGUGAAUUUUGUGCAAUUUACAGAGUAGGUAUCUCUGCAUUUCUAAGAUGAAAGGGAGAAAGUCUAGCUGUUUGAAAACAUUUAUUUUUAAUGUUUUGUUGGUGCCAAAGCAGAUAGAAAGAUUCUGUACUUUAUCUAGAAAGGCUGGGGGAAUCAGAUUGUUUCUGGAGAAGGAAUUUUGUCUUAUUUCCUAUUCUCUUUUGUAGUGGUGGCAGUAAUAAUCAAAAACCCUUCUGUAUUUUAUACUAAAAAAAAAAAAAAAAGUUAAGAAACCCC